AUGUCAUCUGGUGGUGAAGAGGCUCAGUGUGUCGAAGCGUUCAAACGCAUGCUCUAUACGAUGCAAAAUGUGCGUCGUAAGAUUGUUGAACGUAUUCUGAAUGACUGUGAAGUGGACGAAGUUAACGUUCAAGCCCUGAACGAAGCACUACAUGAAUUAACAGACUCACGGACAACGGGAGAAAUGCGGCACAUCGCAACGCCGACGGCCAACUUCCCUAUCAAUAUACGCGAUGAGAUACGUGGACUUCGUGAUGCCGUUAUAUUGUCCAGCUCAGCUCCAGACACGCGACGCGUACCCCCCAGAAAAUGGUUAUCGUUUAGUUCACGCGCUCUUAUAGUGAUGCAGAAAGACUGUGAAUUUCUCCGUCGUCUUUCGAAUCUCACAUCUACCUCGACAAUGAUCGAAAAUGCUCUUGAAGAAUUACAAUUGGAGACGAUUCUUGCUCCUUAUCAUCCAGAAGGUCCGAAAAAGUUUGACGAAGAGUUACAAGAAGCUGAAAGGUUCCUAAUGGAUUUUGUUGAUUCUGCAUAUUCGGGUGUUAAGCCGUUGCUUGUCACUGACUGGGAUGGUACUAUGAAAGACUACUGUUCACAAUAUGCCACGAAUCUUCAGCCUGUGUAUAGUGCCGUCGUAAUGGGUAGAUUUGCCGAGCUUUUCACUCGAGCUACUGCUGUACUAACCGCUGGACCUUUGAGAGGGCCUGGAAUUCUGGAUCUUACCGCUCUCCCAAUCAAUGGUCCCGUGCUGUUCAGUGGAUCGUGGGGUCGUGAAUGGUGGCUACGUGGGCGACGUGUUGUGCAUGAGGAUGGGAUCUCUGAAGAGGGAUUUGACGCUAUCGGCAGACUUAGUGAUGAGAUGAACGAUCUGCUGGAGGACAGUGAUUUUGCUCAGUUUGCCCUUGUUGGUAGCGGCGUGCAGAGGAAGGUGGAUCGUCUUACUUUGGGUGUGCAAACCGUUUUUGGUCAUGUCCCUCUAGAACUCGUCCUUAGGUAUAUUGAUGCUGUCAAGGAAAGGAUCCAUCGUGUAGAUCCAAACAAUGCUAACCUUGUUUUGGAGAACUCUUCACCGUUGGAGAUUGAGGUCUGUGCGCAUAAUUCAGGAGCUGUAUGGAACAAGGGCGAUGGAGUGGCGUCAUUAAUCGAAUCGCUUCAUGAUUCCUUGAAGAACGGGAAAGUUCUGGUAGCUGGAGACACAACUAGCGAUUUACCAAUGCUGCAGCAUGCAGUAUCAGAGAAUCCAGAUGGUGUAAUGGCACUAUUCGUUGGUGCCAACAAAUCGUUGCGGGAGUCUGUGCAAUCGAUCGUUGGCGAUGAAUCAAGAAUCUGUUUUGUGUCAUGUCCGGAUGUAGUUCACGCUGCAUUUGCACGUGUACUAGCAGCCAAAGUUGAGUUGGAUUAA